AUGGGCAGAGUUAGAAAGAGGAAAUAAAGACAGGCUGGAGAUGAAAGUUCAAGCUUGCUGCCUGACUUAACCCAUUUGCUAGUCACUUCUCAGUACAGCUAUUUAGCAGGUAUAGAGGAAGACAUUUUGGGGAAGGUAAAGAGAGUCCAUAAGGCAAAUGAAGCGACCUGAGCUGUUCAUUUUCAGCCUAGCACUGGCAACUGCUCGUGGUUCCACUGUAACUGCACCUGACAAGGAAGUAAAGGUGGCACGAGGGCAUAAUGUCACUCUCAGAUGUGAAUUCCAGGCCACUGGUACUACUGAAAGUGGAGACUUUGUUUACUGGAAGAAAACCCAGAUAAUGCAUGAAGUUGUCAUUAGGUAUUUUGAUGGCUUUAUACGAUAUGGCGCAAGCUACAAGGACCGUAUUUAUUUCUCUGGGAAACCAGACGAAGGUGACUUCAGCAUCACCCUCACAGAGGUGACUAUGGAAGACAAUGGAACUUAUGCAUGUGGUGUUCACCUGCGUAUGGAGACCGUCGAACCGGCGUAUGUGGCUCUUUUUGUCCUUGUGGAACCCUCCAAACCAGACUGUGCGAUCCAGGGGACACCACAGUAUGGACACACAGUCAACCUGACCUGCAACUCUCGUGAAGGUUCUCCAAAACCCGUGUAUACCUGGCAGAGUUUCAAUGUGCAGAACCAGCCCCGGCCACUGCAGGCAACACAAGGACAGCUGAUAACUUUAAAGAACGUCUCUGCAGAAACCUCUGGUUUUUACAUCUGUACUUCCACAAACAGUGUUGGACACCAGUUCUGCAACAUGACUGUCAGCAUUAUGCCACCAUCCAUGAACUUUGCCCUUUAUGCAGGAAUCAUUGGUGGUGUUGUUGCUGCAAUCAUUGUCAUUGGCAUUCUGGCCUACUGCUGUUGCUGCCGGAGCAAAAAGGACAAGGACUAUGAGAUGACUGAGAGAGAAGAUCGAAAAGAAGAUGCAACCAUGAAUCAGGAGGCAGAUGAAGGUGAGGAAGACAACAGGGGAGAAAGGCGCCGCAGAUCAUCACCCACCAGACCACGGAUAGAGGUUACACAUGCUGAAGCAUAGAGAUGAUUGCAAAUUAAACAGUGCAUUUACCAGCCCGGUCUGGUGUGCGCUGUGACUUUUUCUACAACUAUCUGGGACAGAGGUCAUCUCUUUUGAUCUGUGAACAACAACAAAAGAUGUGUGUGAAGUACUGGAGAAUCCUGCUUCACUCCCCUACCUGUCAUAACGUCCAGAUUUCAAGAUCAUGAAUUAUGAGUCUCUCGGAAAGGCCAGACUGGAUUAUUUGGGUAAAAAAAAAAUACAGCCACGAAUUUAAUACUAUAUUAGCCAGCCAGAUACACAUACAGUGGCGUUAUCUGAUAUUACAAUGCAUGCAUUGGGAGGGGGAGGGCGUUAGGAAGACCAGUUUACAAAAGAGAUUUUACUAAAUGGAACCUUUGCAUAGCAACAAUUUAUAAUAAAAAUAUGUAGCUGACUGACC